AAAUUCCAUACGCAAAAAGACACAUACAUGGUUAAGUAUGGAGUAUAAUUUGGCAGUGGACGGUCUACAAACCAAAGUGACGUUAAAUGAAGAAAAAAUUACCUUCAAAUCACUUGACACCACCAUUUUCAGUUACCAGUUAAAUGACGUCAUCGGUUGUGAUGAGAUAGUGACGGGGUGGUUUAACAAGACUGAAGUAACCCGAGUUUGGUUAAUCGAACACGGUCCUUCAAACUUACUCCUGAAAAAAUGCAAAGUAGUGUCUGGGGAGCAAAGGAAACGUUUCCAACAAGAUUUGACAGAAAAGACAGCAAAUGAAACAAAACGUCCAAAACGUUUGUUGGUGAUGAUUAACACAAUUGGUGGCAGUGGUUCAGCAAAGAAGUAUUUCAGGGAUGUAGUGCAGCCAGUUUUUAAACUUUCAGGAAUAUCCAUGGAUGUAAUUUUUACUGAGCAUUCGGGACAUAUGAUUAAUAUUGCAAAAACCUAUGACUUUUCCAAUACUGAUGGGAUAACAAUACUUGGAGGAGACGGAUCUUAUCAUGAAGUGGUCAACGUAUUGUUGAGAAGGAGACAAGAGGAACAAGGCGUGGAUAUAAAUGAUCAAAAUGCAUCCCUUUCCCCUGUGAACAUCCCAAUAGCCCUGAUACCAACUGGAACUGGUUGUGGAUUAACAGAAUAUAAUACAGGGUGUAGGGAUGUUCUGACUGCUUGUCUUCAUGUUAUCCAAGGGAGGACUGUACCAAGUCAUUUAUUGGCUCUAUACAACAAUGGUAAACUCCUGGGAUUUGGCGGAACAGGAUGUUCCUACGGAUUCAUGACAGAUAUCCUGUACUACUCUGACAGGAUGUUCCGCUGGCUCGGGCGAAUCCGCUACUAUGUUGUGCCAAUAUGGAUGUUCCUUUUCAAAUCUCAGACGAAUCGAGCUUUCGAUGCCAAGGUCACGUGUUACGCUUCAGUCACUGAGCGACUAAACAGGGAAACCAAUGAGACAGAGAUCUUUGUCGAAGAUAAAAAGCUAUUGGGACAUUGUUCCUUUACAUCUGACACAGUGACCUUCAAGCGGAAGUUUUGGAACAUGAUGAUCUUUAACAUUAAUGUCAUGUUAGAUGGCAAAGCUGUAUUCGACGUCGGUGGAAUGUAUGUCCCAAAACCCGACACGUGUACAUCCUUCUUCUUCUAUGGCGAUGUUUCGGUCCGUGCCAUUUUCAGAUUUUUCAAACAUAUAGCUAUCCGAACACCUAUGGAUGUAACAGAUAAUGAACUGGAGGCACUAAAUGUCCAAGGGAUGAAAGUGGAAGUGACAGACAGUUAUAAUAGCAAGGAUCCGGAGAUGACGAUGUCGAAGCGACUCAUACAGCUGGACGGGGAAAUGUAUCAGCUGGAUUCUCCUUCAUUUCAAUUAUGGCACAAACUGAACGUUUUACAGUUCUUCUCAAGUUAUCGAUGAAAAGUAAAGCGGGGAAAAAUGCUUACAUUUUCAUUUUCAGCAGACCUGCCUCAAAAUUUGAUAGACUUUUCUUUAUGUUUUCUUCUUUAUUGUAAAGAACAUCUUAAAAUUUCCUAAAACUUUCAUUAAUGAAAGUCCUCAACUUUUCCAUAUAUGAUUGGUGGAAGCAGUCAUUUUCUAACGUACGUCGUUGUACAUUAAUACAUGUAAACAGCUCUAUAUAUCAGUAUAUUUUGCAUGCAUAAAUAGCAUUAUACGGAUCGGAAACGUUCAUAUAUUCAAACUAUGGAGUGCAUGUAUUGAUGUAGCCAUUGUGAUGCUUUAAUACAUUUUUCACACAUUAAAUUUGUAGAUUGUUAUAGAUAAGUUUAAAUUGAUAAAUUUUAAACUUUUAAUGUAACACAUUGAACAUGAGGUGAGAACCUAGUAAGUUGAAAAAACUUGUGUUCAAACCUUUUGCAUAUUAUAUAUACAGUAGAAUAUGUUAAAAAAAUUAUCUACACAAUAGAAUAUGUUCAAAUAUUAUAUAUACAAUAUAUUCAAAUAUCAUAUACGCAAUAAAAUAUGCUCAAUUCAUAUCAUUAA